UUUCUCAGAAGCCCCGAACAGCAGCCGUGCUCUUCACCUCCAUCACCUUCAGCUCCAGACAUUUACAUCGAGCCGCCAUGAGGGCCCCUCACGUCCUGCUGCUGUGUGUCCUGGGAGCUGCACUGCUCUCCUCAGUGCUCUGCAACAAUGCACUGGGUCCCAGUGCCUGCUGCUUUCGUUUUUACAAAGGAGAUCGGCCGAAAGCUAGAAUCAGUUCCUAUCAGUUGACUGAUCCGAGGUGUCUGAAGAAGGCCGUCGUUUUUACGACAAAGAGGUCUCGUGAUAUCUGUGUGCAUCCAAAGCUCCUGUGGGUUCAGCGCAUCGUGAAACAAUUGGAUAAAGAAUCCUUGUAAACCAGCUGCCCGUCUGCAAAUCAACAAAAAAAAAAGUUUUGUGAAAUGAUUUCACUGUUAAAGUGCGAACCCGCCAUGACUUAACCCAGCUUCUGUUUGCUCACUGUCUUUUGUGUUUGUUUUAUCCGCAAUUAUCAUGAAGAAAGAAAAGCCAGAUUUUGUUUUUUUAAACAGAAGUUGAUUAAAGUAUAGUUAAUCUUGUUCUUUUUUUCAAUGAGUAAACUUAUAAACUAUAGCCCUGGCUGAUGUUGAUGGAAUACAAAAUGGAAAUGUG